UUGGCCCGGGGUCGCCGCGGCAGGCCGGGCUCCCUCCUCGCGCUCGGACGGGUAUUGUCUGACGGCUCCUGAGGCGGUUCGAGCGGCGGAGUCGGGGACCGGCGGCGGCACCAUGGCAGGUGGGAAGGCCGGGAAGGACAGCGGGAAGGCCAAGGCGAAGGCGGUGUCUCGCUCGCAGAGAGCCGGAUUGCAGUUCCCCGUGGGCCGCAUCCAUCGGCACCUGAAGACUCGCACCACCAGCCACGGGCGGGUCGGCGCCACCGCCGCCGUGUACAGCGCCGCCAUCCUCGAGUACCUCACGGCUGAGGUCCUGGAGCUGGCAGGCAACGCCUCCAAGGACCUCAAAGUGAAGCGCAUCACCCCCCGCCAUUUGCAGCUGGCGAUCCGUGGGGACGAAGAGUUGGAUUCCCUCAUCAAAGCCACCAUCGCGGGGGGAGGUAGGUGGCACCCGGGGGGGCACCCAGUGGCACGCAGCAGCACCCACAGGGUCACCCAGUGGCACCCAUAGGGGCAUCCAUAGAGGCACCCAUGGGGGCACCCAGUGGCACACAAUGACACCCAUAGGGGCACCCAUGGGAUCACCUGUAGGCACCCAGUGGCACCCAUAGGGGCACCCAAUGGCUCAUAACAGCACCCAUAGGGUCACCCAUUGACACCCCAGUGCCACUGAAUGUCACCCAUAGAGGCGCCCAUGGGGGCACCCAUAGGGGCAUCCAUAGGGGAACCCACAAGGUCAUCCAGUGACACCCCAUGACACCCCAAUGGCACCCAUAGGAGCACCUAUAGGGCGGCCCAUUGACAUCCCAGUGGCACCCCAUGACAUCCCAGAGGCACCCAUAGGGGCAUCCAGUGGCACUCAUGGCACCCAUAGGGGCAUCUGUAGAAGCACCCAUGGGGGCACCCAGUGGCACACAGCAGCACCCGUAGGGUCACUCAGUGGCACCACCCAUAGCACCCAGUGGUGCUAAUAGCACCCACAGUGGCACCUGGAGGCACAGCAUGGCACCUAUAGGAUCACCCAUGGCGGUCACCCAGUGGCACCCAUAGGGACACCCAGUAGCACUAACGGCGCCCAUAGGGGCACCAUGGGGUUACCCAGUGGCACCCAUUGGGGCAUCCAUAGGGGAACCUACAGGGUCACCCAAUGACACCCGUAGGGGCACCCAUGGGAUCACCUGUAGGCACCCAGUGGAAUCACAUUACACCCCAGUGGCACCCAAUGGCUCAUAACAGCACCCAUAGGGUCACCCAUUGACACCCCAAUGCCACCGAAUGUCACCCAUAGGGGCAUCCAUAGAAGCACCCAUGGGGGCACCCAGUGGCACACAACCCAGGGGCACACAGCAGCACCCAUAGGGUCACCCAGUGGCACCACCCAAUGGUGCUAAUGGCACCCACAGCAGCACCCGGGGCACAACAUGGCACCUAUAGGAUCACCCAUGGGGGUCACCCAGUGGCACCCAUAGAGGCACCCAGUGGCACACAAUGACACCUAUAGGGGCACCCAUGGGGUCACCUGUAGGCACCCAAUGGCACCCAUAGGAGCGCCCACUGGCACAUAACAACACCCAUAGGAUCACCCAUUGACACCCCAGUGCUGCCCAGUGGCACCCCAUGACAUCCCAGAGGCACCCAAUAGCACCUACAGGGGCACCCAAUGGCAGCCCAUGACACCCCAGUGGCACCCAUGGGGUCACCCAGUGGCACCCAAUAGCACCCGUAGGGGCACCCAAUGGUACAUAAUGGCACCCAUAGGGGCACCCUGUGGCACUAAUGUCACCCAUGGGGGCACCCAGUAGCACACAAUGACACCUAUAGGGGCACCCAUGGGGUCACCUGUUGGCACCCAUAGGAGCACCCAAUGGCACAUAACACCCAUAGGGUCACCCAGUGGCACCCCAUGACAUCCCAGAGGCACCCAAUAGCACCUACAGGGGCACCCAAUGGCAGCCCAUGACACCCCAGUAGCACCCAAUGGCAGCCCAUGACACCCCAGUGGCACCCAUGGAGUCACCCAAUGGCCCCAAUAGCAGCCAUAGGGGCACCCAAUGGUACGUAGGGGCACCCAUAGGGGCACCCCGUGGUACCCCAGUGGCACCCAUAGGCACCCAGUGACAUCCCAUGACACCCCAAUGGCACCCAUAGGGGCACCCAGUGACACAUAACAACACCCAUAAAGUCAACCAUUCACACCCCAUUGCCACUCAAUGGCAACCCGUGACACCCCGGUGGCACCCAUAAGGGCACCCAAUAGCAUUAAUGGCACCUAUAGGGGUGCCCAGUGGCACCCAUGGGGUCACCCAAUGGCAUCCAUAGGGGCACCCAAGGGGUCACCUGGUGGCACUAAUGGCACCCAUAGGGGCACCCAUAGGCACCUAUGGGGGCACCCAGUGGCACCCCAUGACAUCCCAAUGGCACCCCAAUGGCACCCAUAGGAGCGCCCAAUGGCAUUAAUGGCACCCAUAGGGGCACCCAUGGGGUCACCCACUGGCACUAAUGGCACCCAUAGGGACACCCACAGGUUCCCACAAUGCGCCCAUGGUGUCACCCACUGGCACUAAUGGCACCC